AUGGGCAGUUGCCUAGAUAAGCUUCAAAUAAAUGAAACAGAUCCUGAUACACGCUCAAUCAUUCCUAUUACGGGAACAUCUUCCUUGCAUGCUCUGUUCAAGUCCACUUGGCAAGUAAAUUUUCUUGCGCCCGUUCAUGAGCUACUCGAAUCGGGAAACGCGCGAGUUUUAGAAUACGGAUGCCAAACAGGGGAAUGGGUUUUAGACAUCUCUGAUAAUUACCCACUCGCAAAAGUAUGGGGAAUCGAUACAUCAAAUAACUUUCCUUCCUCGCCAAUACCACUAAACUCUAAUUUUUUAAUCUGUGAUAUUCUUAACGUUAAUGGAUUGCCUUUUGCCGAUAAUACAUUCGAUCUCGUUCAUACACGAUGUUUAGCAUUCACAUUUACCGAAAUCGAAUGGGAGCAAAGGGUAAUAAAGGAAUUGUCACGCGUGUUAAAACCAGGAACUGGUUGGCUGAGUCUCCUAGAAAUCAGCUUAUUUUAUACAAAUGAAGGUCCAAACACCGCUAAGCUUACGGAAUCCAUGAGAUCCUUUCUUAAAGAAAAGAACGUGAAUCCUGAUAUCACAAGCUUACAAUUAAAAUUGUUACAUGAGUCUAAUCACUUCGCGGACAUACAGGUCCACGAAAGAUUUCCCGCUACGGAAAUUAAUAUCGAUAUUGAUGAUAUUAUUGCAAAGGAAUUUGCGCUAACCAUUCACAGUUUAGGUGCGGAAUUAUCUAACUUUAUGGGAUUAGAUAAUGAAGAAUAUAAUUCUUUGAUAGAAUCAAGUGUCAAAGAAUUUAAUAUUUAUAAGACUAGCGUUAAACAGACUAAAAUAAUUGCGCGUAGAAUAUAG